UAUUCAUAUUCAUUCUCAGGCAUAGUACGUAAUAAUUAUGCGAAAGACGUUUGGGAUCUACAAACACAGCUCUAAUGACCCAAACUCGUCCGGUUUUGGAAUAAAAUAUUGGCACAACUAAGUUAGAGACAGGAAUUUUUCAUGAUUCAAAAAUUGAAAUUUGGGGAAAAUUGCAUAUUUAAAAGGAUUUUUUAGCCCUGUAUGAUUUUAAGUUUUUCCUCUGUUAAUGUUCUUCAGCAUUUAACAGUAGCCAUUCCAGAUUACAGCCUUUGUUUGGACAUUUUGACUGUAUAAUCCACAUAUCAGGUCGUGUAUUGCAAUAUAAGCUAUGGAUGUCCAAAAUACACGUAGAUACGUAUCCAUUACGAACAAAUCAUAAUUAUCAUUUAUAAAUAUAUGUCCAGUUUCCGGUUUAACUCUCACCAGUAUAAAAUUGUUUACCCUAUUUAGCAGGCGAGUCCAAUACUGCAAUGACAUAUAGGUCUACAUGCACGUCAGAUUAAAAAAAAAUAGCACUAUAGCUUAAACUGUUAAAUAUCAUAGAUAUGGGUAUGAGUGUGUGUAAUUCAUUGAUAUCAUUUUAAAUCAAACUGUUUUAAAUAUACUGUGUAUAUUGUGACAAGCUUACUUCACGGUUGCUGUAAAAUCAGGAAAGAUGCUAACCGGAAGUACAGAUACUACCGCAUUUUUGCAUCCACACUUCUCUUCGUCUGCCACAUUAGUACUUCAGACGACACUUUUCGCGUUGUUGUUGUAUUUGGCGGGAAAAGUAGUGAAGUUCAUCAGAUGGCGAAUACAGACCGACCGGGUAUUUCUGCAGCAGCCCGGUCCACCACAACGGCACUGGCUGUUUGGCAGCUUUAAAAAUAUGCCAGACGACGCACACGAACGCCUCGACAUGUUUAUCGACUGGUGUAACACGUACUCGAGGGAGAAGGGCUUCGUGCGGCUGUGGAGCACCUUCUGGCGGCCACUCAUCGUCGCCUGCCACCCCUCCAGCAUGCGGAGUAUCCUUAAAACCGCCGAACCGAAGCCACUGAACAUGAGGAGCGGCUACAGGACGCUGCGAGACUGGCUUGGGGACGGGCUGCUCAUAUCCGGGGGCGAGAAGUGGGCGCGGAACCGGCGCCUGCUCACUCCCGCUUUCCACUUUGACAUCUUGAAGCCGUACAUUCAUGUGUACAACGAUUCCGCCGGCGUGUUUGUGGACAAGUUGGCGCAGUUCGCACGUACCAAGCAGGAGUUCGAGCUCUUUCAGCACGUGUGCCAGUGCACGCUGGACAUUAUACUCAGGUGCGCCUUCUCCUACGAGAUCGACGUGCAGAAGGACGGGGAAACACAUCCCUAUGUUGUAGCAGUGAAUGACCUGGCGACAAACAACUCAAUGAGAUUAAGGCGACCUUUCUUGAGUCCGGACAUCAUUUUUUACCGUACCGCAAUGGGCCGGAAGUACAAGAAGGACUGUGAUUACGUGCACUCGGUAGCAGAAGAUAUCAUACAGAAAAGGCGCGAGACACUGAAGAAACUGGGCAGCACAGAGCACCGGAAGUACCUUGAUUUCCUUGACAUCCUGCUCACAGCCAAGGACGACAAUGGCCUCGGUCUGUCUGACCUUGACAUCCGCAACGAGGUUGAUACCUUCUUGUUUGAAGGUCACGACACGACUGCUAGCGCCAUCUCGUGGAUCCUGUACUCCCUAGCGGAACAUCCGGAAUGCCAGGCGCGCUGCCAAGAAGAGAUAGACGCGCUACUUGGGGACAGGGACAAUCUCGAAUGGUCUGACCUCCCUCACCUUGAGUACCUGACCAUGUGUAUCAAGGAGGGCAUGCGCAUGUACUGUCCGGUCGCCAUUGUUGCCAGGGUGACCACAAAGGACCUCAAGAUGGCCGACAUUACCGUACCGCCAGGCAUAAAUGUUAUGAUAAACAUCUGGAUGCUUCACCACAACGAGGAGGUGUGGGGUCCGGACCAUUGGGAAUUCAAGCCGGAACGGUUCAGCAAGGAAAACUGUGCCAAAAUGGACCCCUACCAAUUCGUGCCGUUUUCAGGGGGACCAAGGAACUGCAUUGGACAGAACUUCGCAAUGAACGAAGAAAAAGUGGUGCUUGCUAAACUUCUACAUAAUUUCCGGUUUCAGCUGGUUCCCGGAUUCAAGGUUCGACGCCGCCUUGCGGCCGUGAUGCGCGCUGAGAAUGGAAUCAUGAUGACGGUGGAACGACGCAAGCCACACGGAGGCGAGACGGAUGUGUGACCUUGAUUGAAUCCGGGGUUUAUAUGGACUGAUCCAGUGCAGCCAUUUACAAACGCUAUUUCUGCAUAGCUUAUAUUAAAGAACUUCCGUUCAAUAUUAUCAAUAAUAAAAUCAUGUCAUAAUCGUUCAAGCAUGCUGUUCUGCGAAAAGUCACAUUUUUAAGGGUGUAUAUCGACGUUUACCGGUGAUAUAAUUUAAAAAGGAGACUAUAUUUGAAAAAAGAGUACUAUAGGGUUUAUUAAUAUGCGUCUUGUCUUUAAUCAUUUAUUUGUUAAUAUAUAAUAUAAUGGUUUCGUACAAACACUAAGCUGACGCGGCUUUUGCGGCCCUAUUAGUAUGCAUAAAACAUAGUGUGUGUGCGUGUGUGUGUGUGUGUGUGUUAAGAAGAUUAUAAUUGACUCUACCGGUAAUUUCCCAUAUGGCUGUCAGGGCGAGACUUGUUAGAUAGGUUAUGGGAUUUAGUGGGAGAUCGAACCUUGGACCACAGAGUUUUUGCACCAGUGUAUUCCCACUUAACCAUGGAUCUGAUUAAUAACAACCCGAAGUGAGUACAAAGUGUAUAGUGUAUAUGAAAAACACUUCUUAUUAUCUAGAGAACUAUACACUCAGUGGUUUCAGACAAAAAAUGUUAACAGAUUAAUAAUAACCAAAUCGUUGUUAUAUAAAAAGAAAAUUGAUAAUGGCAAUUAAUGUUCCCUUUUUAAUGAAAAUAAAGUAAUUAUAUUACAUGAA